AGGCCUGCAAGCCCCCUUCACAUCUUACCAAGCAUCUCUUCAUCACCAUCACCAUCGCCAUGGAGAUCACCGAGCUCUUUGAAUUCCUCUCGAGUCCCAACCCGCAGGCGCGUCACAUUGCGCUCAAGAACAUUGUCGGGCACACCCCUAAGAACGACCCGAAGCGGAGCAUCUUCAUCCCGUCCUCGUUCGCGCCGCUGCCGGGGCAGACCGAUGGCCUGAAGCGCAAGGAGGGCGCCGAGGCUGACGACGUAAAGGUCAAGUGCAUCCAUGACCUGGCCAACCUCUGCCGUGACCAGGCUGCGAUUGCACACGAUGCGCUCUCGGCGCUCAUCAACCUGUCGGACAACCUCGCCGUGGCGCGACAGCUCGCUACAGAGUCAUUUCUCAUCUGGCUCGUGUCAUACACUGCCAACACGACGUCUCCUCUUUCCCCGCUCACCGCCAUGCUGUUGUCCAACCUGACGUCGCACCCGGGCCUUGUCCCCAUGCUGGCCAACCUUACCGUGCCGAUCGUCGGGCUUCCCAAGGCCAAGACGUACCCGCCAUGGUUCCUGCCUGCCGCAGCGUCCGCCUCAUCGACCAUCCACCCCGAGUACCGCGACCCCGCGAUCUCGACGAACGAGGAGGCAGGUCAGGAGCCCGAGCGCGAGAUCGAGGCCGUGCGCGCACUCGUCCAGGCCUUCGAGGACGGCGCCAGCGACGGUGUCAAGGAGGGCAAGGGGAAGCGCAAGGGCGAGGUCCACUUCCUGGCCUCCGUGUUCGCCAACCUGUCCAUGGUGCCUGCAACCCGCUACCUCCUCCUCACCCCACAGCCAUCUUUCCCCUCCCCAUCAUCUGACAUCUCGGACAACGACGAGCCUCUCCUCGCCAAGAUUGUCGUGUACACGGAGCACCCAGACACGAUCCGCCGCGGCGGCGCGUUGGGAUGUAUCAAGAACUGCGCGAUGGACAGGGCCUCGCACGCAUGGCUCCUGGCAAGCGAGCACGACCGCGUCCGGCUGCCAUCAGACACCUCGCGCACCGUGCGUGGCGUCGACGUCCUCCCAUGGGUUCUUGCACCACUAAUGGGCCCCGAGGAGUAUGAGAUGGACGAGAUGGAGAAGCUGCCUGAGAUCCUCCAGUUCCUGCCUCCCACGAAGAAGAGGGAACAGGACACGGUGCUGCGGAUGAUGUGUGUCGAGAUUCUUCUUCUGCUCUCCACCACUUACACGGGGCGAGAGGCACUCCGCGAGCGUGGGACAUACUUUGUCGUGCGCGAAGCGCACAAGAACGAGUCCGACCAGCAAAUCAAGGAUGCGAUUGAGCGGCUCGUGGGCCUGUUGCAGGGCGAGGAGGGCCGGGAGACGCGGACGGACCACAUCGAACACCUUGUUUCCAAGGCUGACGACGAGACGGAUGUCGUGGAGGUCUAGACUGCCGGGCCGCGGGCCGGGCCAGUGGAAGUGGAAGUGUCGGGGCACAAACGGGCCUGAGCCGCUCCCAUGGGUGUGGGCAGGGCCUGGUUUUGACCGUCUGCGACUUCUUCGGACACGGAAUUACGGCCACGGACGCGUCGUAACUGGUGCCGCAGAUUUCGCCUGGGACUUUCUUUUGGGGCCUGGUGCCUAUGCAUACGCUGCAAGUUG